UUUGUUUCUUUUAUUUGUCAGACUUGGCUGAUAGAAACUCCAAGAUGCAAUUGCAUAUUAGAGGUCAAUCGACACAUGUCCUUGAUGUCAAUGGAGAGGAAUCCAUUGCCCAGAUCAAGGAGCGCAUCCGCAGUCUCGCUGAUGUAGGCGCCGAAGAGCUCACCUUGUCAGUAUGCGGUGCCCCAUUGGAGGACAGUGUUCUCGUAUCCGAGCUGUCCGUCACAGACUUGGACCUUACAAUCCCACUUCUCGGUGGUAAAGUGCACGGAUCCUUGGCUCGUGCUGGUAAGGUAAAGGGACAGACACCCAAAGUAGAAAAGCAGCAAAAGAAGAAGAAGAAGACCGGCCGUGCCAAGCGUAGGAUCCAAUACAACAGACGAUUCGUCAAUGUUGUCCAGACCUUCGGCCGCAGACGAGGACCUAACUCAAACUCUUAAAUAUAAUAUGAUAGUGUUUAUAAAAAUGUCAAUAAAUAACAUCUGAAUUGACGCCAAA